CUGAGCUCGGAACUCCUCAGGCGAUCUGUGGUGACUUUGUGGAAAUGUUAGAGAAACACGGCGUGGACUGUGAAUCUUUCCAGGUACUGGACGAGAAGCCGACUGACGUUGUCGUUGGACGCACUCCAGGUUUACUGAAGCCAUCACAAGGCGAAGAAGAUCCAAUCCAAGAGUCUCUACUACCAGCUGGCGAAGAUGAUCGCAAGGACAGGACCGGUGGAAUGCUGUACGGCAACGGGCAAUCUGACUACCCUGACGCCCCACCCAGCGUCAAGCUAGGGAGAACUAACUACUUUGAGGACUGCGCUCAGGUCCACACUGCCUACGUCACCCUUCUUGGCUACGUUUCUAGUGGGGUGUUCUCUAUCACACCUGUUAAUAUUGAUAGCCCAAUGUCUGUAUACUGUGAUCAGACCACAGAUGGGGGAGGGUGGACGGUCAUACAGAGGAGGUUUGACGGGUCCCUCGAGUUUUUCCGUAUUAUCGAUGCUUACCGGGAGGGGUUUGGGGACUCUAGUGGGGAGUACUGGCUAGGGUUGGACAACAUCCAUCGUCUCACUGCCCAGGACGCGUACGAGUUGUACAUCGAGCUCGAAGAUUGGGAAGGGAAUGUGAAAUACGCUAGAUACUCCACCUUCUCAGUCGGUGCGGGUGGUUAUCACACCCUAAGGGUCGGGGGGUACAGCGGGACGGCCGGGGACGGGUUCGGGACGGAUCAGCCGACUACAUCAUACCGUUACCAGAACGGUGCGAAGUUCAGCACUCGAUAUUUUGACCAAGACGCUUCCUCCGUUUCUUCGGUGGCAGAACUUCAUGGCGGGGGUUGGUGGUACAGGGGUAUGGCCUACAGUAACCUGAACGGCCCGUACUUUCGAGAUACCGAUCUACGCAGCAACAACAAUGGUAUGGGCGUUCUGUGGUACCAGUUCACAGAUGACUUCAGCUAUUCCCUUAAAAAGACCAAAAUGAUGGUCCGUCCCACUGACUUCAGCACCAGACUGGCGAACAACUGACCCGCGAAUCCUGUCCGCAGUGCAUUAUUUGCCAAUCAUGGUGGUAUUACGCCGUCAGGCGGAGUAUUAGUGAAUUGCACGGUCACCUGAUGACGACCCCCCAACCAAUCACCACAGUCUUGGCUGGAAAGCGACCAGGACAGACUUGAGUUUUUGUAAUUAAACGCACGUUCAGCGCUGUCACAAUACAACAACAAUUAAAGGUUAUACACCCUUAAAAAAAUCCAUUA